AUGGGUAACUAUAAACCAAGUAUAAAGCAGUAUGUCGUGACAGUAAAGGCAAUAAAAUCCUCACAAUUUGGAAGACUCGGCAUCUGCGCGGUGGUUCUUCUUUUCGUAUUGGGAUAUCCCUUCUAUUUCAUAUCAAAUAAUCCAUUCGACACAUCAAUACGAUACCAGUAUGUGGAUCCAUAUAAUGAUACCACUCGAAAGUAUACCACCAUUGAGAAACAACACACAGAUAUCGGCGGCAAUGGUACUACUAUUCUCUAUCCGAAAAACUUGCAAUUAGACCAGACGGCUUUGCUGCAACUAUUGAAUACUACCGAAACAACGAAUCCCUUUGUCCAAUAUAUUGGCAACUCAUCAUCAAUAGCAUUUAGUCAGUUGAAUCAAACUUUGGUGAAUCAUAGUAUACAGGUAUUUGAUCCAUUUUCAAACUCCGACAACUGUCUGGAUUUAAUGACCGAAACACAAUUAACUAUUUCACAAAAUAUUAUUAUCAAGGAACUGUUUGAAAUAAUGGUGAAACGACUAAUGCAUCAAUUGGAUACAGAACCAGCAUUUAAAGAACUAGCACCAUUUUUCCAAAAUAAACUUUCACUUCAUUUGCGAAUGAGAUCAUAUCAUAAACAUUUUUACAAGUUUGCUAGAACUUCAGUAUGGUUGAAAGAUUAUGGAGUUCAUUUGAUGAUCAGUAGGGUUAUAUACUCCCAGAAGGGUAAAAAGGGCGAUCCUCAAAUUUCGUUACUAUAUACUCAAUUAUAUGAUACUAAUUGGCAAGAAUUGACAAAUACUGAUCUCCUUGUAUCGAUGCAAGACAUCACUGGUGAAUAUAAAUUAGAAAAAUUGCAGUUUCCACGAUUCUUACCAAUGCCCUUUUAUUAUAAUCCCAAAUUGACAAAAGGAAGAUGGUAUGGUCCCGAGGAUGCUCGUAUUAUGUUGGUUAAAAAUCAAUUAGACAUGGAAGAGCCGGUGGUAAUUUACAACUCUUAUCACCGUCAAAUUGCAAAUCACACCACUACUGGAAAGACAGAUGGUUCAGUUGAAUUAAAUUUUGAAUUUUAUAGAUCGAUGUUUGUUGGAUGGCCAUUUAGGUACCAAUUGGGUAAAUCAAAUACAGAUGGGUUUGUCGACGAUAGGUUUGAUAACGUAAAGUUCACAAGAGUGGCGGAAUUGAAAAUCCACAACCAGACCCGAGCUUCCAUUGAGAAAAAUUGGACACCAUUUGUUGAUCCUUCAGAACGAGACCCUGAAGAUAAGAGUCUUUAUAUUGUAUAUCAAUGGGAUAAAUUAAGAAUUUUGAAAUGUGACAUUAGCAAUUUAGUUACUGAUGAUGGGUUUAUUCAUUAUAGUGCUUGUAGAUUCAAGCAAGAUACUAAGCACGAUGAAGUGGAAAAAGUGGGACCAAUCAGAGGAGGCACAGAAUUGAUACCAACAAUUAUAAACAACAAACAGUUAUGGGUCGGGUUCUUGAGAGCACAUAUUGAUAAAUGUGGUUGUGGGAAAGCUAUGUAUCGCCCAAAUAUGGUAGUAUUACAAAAGACCGACAUGGGAACAUUCCAGGUAGCUUAUUUAUCAUCAUACAUAUCGUUUAAUAUCCCUGUUCCUGGUUGGAAAACUCAUGAAAUACAGUGUGGCAAAAGAGACCCAAAUGUUUUGAUCCCUAAUGGUAUUUCCAAUUGGGAAGUGGCUACUAUUGAUGGAAUUGAGCGAGACGUUUUAACUAUGACUCUAUCAGCUGCUGAUGAAGAUAAUAUUCUUAUGGAUAUCCAUGGGUUAAAAACAGUUAUCAAAAAUCUUAUUACAAAUCAGAAACAUGGCAACGAGUUUAACAGUGAUCUGGUUCAAAUGAAAUGUGUUGUUGCUUACUCUAUUGAGUUUUGUAGAGCGUAUGGUGAAGAACAGGCGAGAUUAGGGUUGACCGGAGGUUGGCUACCACUGCAUAAUUAG